AACUCCCAACCUCGCUUCUUUACUCCACUUUCCCAGCUUGAAUAUAUCCUGAUCUGCCCUCCUCUCGAUGCAGAACGGGAUUAGGGAUUGGGAUAGGCAGGAAGAAUAGGGAUUGGAGGAAUUAAUAGGGAUGGAAAAGGAAGAAAAUAGAGAAAAGAAGACAUGGUGGAUUGAACCCUCGAGAUGGUGGUUCGCAUGUUCAUCGGUUCUCUUUCCUUGAAUUUGAAAACAACAAUGCAGAAGAAGAGGUCAGCCGUGUGGAGGCAUUUCCAAGAGGUUGGGGAAAACAAAGUGAUGUGUCGGACUUGCCACAAGCACCUUACCAAGCAUGGAAACACCUCCAUGAUGCUGCGACAUCUGCGAGGCAAGCACCCUGAACUGACACACUGUCUGCUGGAAUCUGACGGACCAACUGCAACAGGGGAAGGUGUUUCAUGGCAAAUAGAAGAGCAACCUGUGGAGGAAGUGGUUGAACCUAUUCCCAUCUAUGAGGGCCAAGGUUUGAAGAAGAAAAGGUCUACAGUAUGGAGGCAUUUUGCAGAGGAGGGCACUGAUAAGGUCAGCUGCCGCAUCUGCCAAGAAAAGUUGGCCAAGCAUGGAAACACAUCCUCGAUGCUGCGUCACUUGCGAGGGAAGCACCCACAGCUCAAGCUUGGAGAGCUGCAAGGUGAUGGAAACAGAAAAUACAAUCGUCUUCACCUGAAGGCAAGUAACACAGAAACACGCUUCCUGGCAGUAUGUGAACGCUUGUUGCAGCACAACCAACUCACUGACUGUACCCUCAUGGCAGAUGGCCAGUUUGUUCAAGCCCAUCGAUUGGUUCUGGCUACUUGCAGGUAGGUCUGUCCCCUUAAC